AAAAGAAAAAAUGUGUUGAUAACGAUAAUUCACUAAAGUAAAGUGUCUCAAUUCAAAAGCACCCUCGCAUUCAAACCAACAAUAAAAUUUCUUCAGUUAAUCAACCCCUAAGUUUUCUGUAACCAUCAUCGUCAUCUCCGUUAAUAAAAAGCUGAAGAAUUAGCCUUCGUUUGAAUCUCUUAUCCAUUUUCUGGUAUCGGGGUUUUGAUUCUAGGGUUUCGAGUACGGAGGCGAUGGCUCAGGCGACGGGGCGGAGCAGGGUGGUCGGAGACUACAUCGUCGGGAAGCAAAUCGGCGCUGGGUCGUUCUCGGUGGUGUGGCAUGGGAGGCACAAGGUGCACGGAACCGAAGUGGCGAUUAAGGAGAUCGCUACGCUUCGCCUCAACAAGAAGUUGCAGGAGAGCCUUAUGUCUGAGAUUUACAUCUUGAAGCAAAUUAAUCAUCCUAAUAUAAUCUGUUUGCACGAUAUCAUUCAGGUGCCUGGGAAGAUACAUCUUGUGUUAGAGUACUGUAAAGGGGGAGAUCUUUCUUUGUAUAUUCAACGCCAUGGAAGGGUACUUGAGGCAACUGCAAAGCAUUUUAUGCAGCAGUUGGCUGCUGGCCUUCAAGUUCUUCGGGAUAAUAACCUUAUUCAUCGAGACUUGAAACCACAGAACCUUCUUCUCUCCAGAAAUGAUGAGAAGUCAGUGCUGAAGAUUGCUGACUUUGGAUUUGCAAGAUCACUGCAACCUAGGGGCCUUGCAGAAACUUUGUGUGGUUCACCACUCUACAUGGCUCCAGAAAUCAUGCAACUGCAGAAGUAUGAUGCUAAGGCAGAUCUCUGGAGUGUUGGUGCAAUCUUAUUUCAGCUUGUUACUGGACGAACACCUUUUACUGGAAACAAUCAAAUACAGUUACUACAGAACAUUAUGAAAUCAACAGAAUUGAAGUUUCCAUCUGAUAAUGCAAGUCUGAGUUCUGAAUGCAAAGAUUUGUGCCACAAAUUGCUACGUCGUAAUCCAGUGGAACGUCUAACUUUUGAAGAAUUCUUUAACCAUCCAUUCCUUUCUCAGAAGCUAACAGAACAUGAAGAACCACUGAGGAAUAAAAGUUCUUCAAGGCUGGUUGGUGGGUUUCCUUCUACAGUGUCUGACCCUUUGAGACGAACCGAAGAAAAUUAUCAAGAAGAUUGCUUACCUUUCAUUUUAGAUGAUGAUUCUAGUGGCCCAGAGGGGAGCCCAUCCUUUUCAAGGAAGAAGUCCUUAAUGAAGUCUACUUAUGGAUUUGAUCUAAAUACUAAAUUAGAUAAAGCAGAGUCAGCAUCUCCUAUCUCUAAUAACAAAAAUUGUACUUCCAAAUAUGGUAGUAUAGCACAAAGAUCUGAAAACCCUACACAAAGAUUGGACAACCAUAAAAUUUCAGGAAGAAAUCUCACUGAUCCUCUGGAAUCUCCAGAACAGAUAUUUGCUAGCCCUUAUCCAAAAGAUUCACUAGAGAAUAUUGAUCAAGAAUAUGUUCUUGUGUCUGGCCCCCCUAUGGAUGCUUCAUCUUCUUCAGUGAGUGCUUCAAAGCUGAGCCAUUCUCCAUAUAAGUCAGGUAGUUUCCCCAAAGAGUCUUCUAAUACAAUCACUAGAUUAAGUGCUCCAAUGCCAAUAGUUGGUGUACCUGCCAGUAGCGUAUACCAAAUUGGAAGUUCAGGAAGUCAAGAUUCUGCUCCUGGAACUUCACAUGGAUCAAUGGAUACUGGUGAUGAACAGCCAUCAGCUCACUGCAUGACAAGGGUAAAAUCAUUACAACAGUGUGCAUCUGCCAUCAUGGAAUUAGUUAAUGAAAAGAUGGAUGCUGGAAAGCAUCUAGAAGCAUUUUCUAUUCAGCUUGUAAUUCUUGCAAUUUGGAAGCAAGCACUGCACAUAUGCCAUACGCGAGCUGCCUCAGCCAUGGAAGGAAGUCCAAAUCAAGAAACUUCCAGAUAUAGGAGGAGCACCAGCAAGAAGCAUGGUAGUCCUCAUUCAGAAGAAUGCCUUGAUGGAAACACCCUUGGGCCAAAGGAUAUAUUAUCUCAAAUUGAAAGUGAAUUUUUGAGGGAAUUUGAGCACGCUGAAGAACUUGCCAAGACCGUUGAGCCUGGAAACACAGAGAUGCCAGAUGCAAUGGAGACUAUUUUUCAAGCUGCCCUUGCUUUUGGGAGACAUGGGGGUGUGGAAGAGCUCAUGGGUGAAAUGGAAAGUGCAGCUGCUUUGUAUUCAAAAGCUGUCCGUCUGUUAGUUUUCCUUCUAGUGGAAGGACCAUCCCUUAUUCUUAAUCCUCCACUUUCACUGACAAACUCAGAUCGUUACAGGCUUCGGAGUUACAUUGAUAUUCUUAAUAACAGGCAAGGUUAUUCAAGGUCUCAGCGAAUUGCACUUCUGAAAUGUGAUGAUAGUCAAGGCCUUAAGGAAAAGUUUUAGCAGUGGUUAUUCAUCUCCCAUUUCACGCGAUGAAAUUAUUUAUUUGUACAGUUAUUCUUUGAUGGAGGGGAAAUUGGGGAUGCUGAUGGGAGUCAACCAGCACAAGAUAGGUUGUAAAAUUUAACAUUUCUGUGAUUAGAAUGAUGAUCAAAUGUGCAUUUGAUUAUGUAAGUUGUGUCAUUUGUCUCUUGAUCAGUUAUGAUGAGCAGAUGUGUUUGAAAUUGUUCGUUAUUUAUGUAUAAACUUAUUAGGUAAUGUGCAUAUAAUAACAAUAGUUAAAAUUUGAUCGGUGGC